CGUUUCACAGCGCCAUGGCGACACGGUCAGGUGUCGGCCCUGCGCCCAUCCAGGCGGCGCGGCUCACGGCGCUCUCCGACUCGGCGCUGCUCUUGUCGCGCGUAUUGGAGCGAGAGACGCGAAAGCAGAGUGUCAUCAAGCGCGUACGACAGCCUGCGGGGCGACGCCUCGCGGAAGCCUCGCUCUUGCGCAAGGACUCGACGUCACGCGGCUGGAGUCUUCUUCGCAAUGUGCCCAUCUCGAAAACGAUUGCCGAUGUACGCCGUGGGUCUCGUCUCGGCCUGCCCUUCAUUCGCGUCGAGUCCCGUCUCUCGGGCUUGCGGCGCAGGAUCUGGUCCAUGUUCAACGACCCCAUGUCUUCGCUACUGGGCCGGUACAUUUCGUUCGUGCUGCUCUGCGCUGUCUUUGCCGGCAGCCUCAUUUUUGUGCUCCAAACCGAGCCGUCGCUGAGCUCGUUCGCAGAGCAGCUCACGACCGCCGAGCACGUGUGCAUCUACCUCUUCUCGGUCGAGUUUGUCGUGCGCAUUGCGUGUGCCCCCGACUACGUGUCGUUUUUCUGGGUACGCGUCCUCGGCGACUAUGGCUGA